GAUCGGCCGUCUCCCCGCCAAGUCGCCCUCCUUUUUCCCAACCCGGCGCCAGCCUCCUUCGUUCAUAAAUUCCUCACUGCAUCCUUGAUUCUCCGUCGCCGUUUCGGCACCAGCAGACCUUAUCCACCUCUGUCCCUCGCCUCCACAUCUUCACUGCCCAAGAUGGCACCCAUUGCGGUCAAAGUCCGCUUCCAAUCCUCCCUGCGCCGAUUCAACAUCAGUCCAGAUGCUCAUCUUUUGUCCUUUGCGGAUCUUGAGUCCGAGAUUCGCACGCUACACUGGAUCAGUGUGCCUAUCAUCGUUACUUAUCAAGACGAAGAUGGUGACGAAAUCUCCUUCGACACCGAUUCCGAGCUGCGGGAUCUACUUGCUCAACUUAAGCGAACCGGCUCGUCCACCCUGCGUCUGAAUAUUGCUGUUAAUGAGAGUGUCGUCAGCGCCGCACCCUCUCUGCUUUCCCCUGUGCCCUCCAAUGUGCAGUCCCCCACUCCUUCCUCGCUGCUGGACCGCCCAGGCGAAACGGCCUUUCCCAUCGAAGUUCCUCGUGCCAGCAUUGCUGGGUCUGAGCCAGACCCUCUUGCUCAGUCCCUGUCGCAGAACCCAGAGAAGCAGCACUCCAAUGGCCGCAGUGAGUCGACCCCUCACGAUUUCAUGUCCAUGGCCGCGAGCUCAAUGCAUGACGACUGGCAGGAAGUCGGGGGCUCCGAGCUCGACGACAAGAUCCUGGGGAGUUUCAUUUACUCCCCCAGGGUUGCGCCCCUCGAUGUCGUUGGCGAGCCAUCACAGAUUCCAAGUAACCCAUUCACCUCCGGCCCGCCCUUGACCGAGUCGGUGCUCUCGGAACCUCCCAUCGCAUCCGAGGCGAAGCCAAGCGCAAGUUCAUUCAAUCCCUUUGACAGUCAUGUCCAAGUGAACAUACCGGCAACCAUACGCCGCUAUCCAGCUGUCUUCUCUGAUGACGAGUACUCAAGUGUCUCGUCCGCAGCCUCUCCGCGCAUAGGUACUAUCCGCUAUCCGACUCUGCCCCUGGCCGGCUCCACUGGCCACGACGCAGACGACUCAGCCUCAGACAGCUUUUCACAAGCCAUCGAAACUACGCCCCCUGCCGGUCCUUCCGAGCCUGCAGUGGCCUUCACACCCCUUGCCUACGGCAAGCCUCCGAGCUCGGCUCCAUCCAAGUCACGCAUGACCGCGAGUGAAAUAGCGCAGGUCAAAGCCGCCGAGCAAGUCGAUGUUCUGAUGCAGGACAUCAACGACCUCGAAUCCGAAGCUCCAGGGGAUGCCUCCGUCAGCGAACAAGCCCUUGGCUCCAACACUGCGGCCGCGCCACCUCUCCCCAGCUCCGUGCCAGCCAUUCCGAAGAGACCUUCCAUUACCGAUCUCGGGGCAAACUUCAAGAUUCUCACCGAGAAUCUAAACGCAAUUUGCAGCCAGCAUCCAGAGCUGUCGGCACAGGCAAAUGUGCUGAUAGAGCAGACUCGAUUCGUGGUUCAUUCCAACCUUUUUAAUCUCUCUGACCAGAUCGUCGGCGUGAUCAACAAGCAAGUCAGCGAGACUCGAGCUGAGAUUCUCCAGCGAGUCGGAUCUUUCGAUAGCCAGUCCCAGAUUGCGUCUCAAGCGCACGCUAUGGCAGAGACAGCCAGGCUUGCUUCGGAGCAGGCACGGAUCCAAGCUCUGGAGAUGGCCCAGCGGGCCAGCGAGUCGGCCCUCCAUGCCCACCAAGCCAUCUCCGAGGCCCUCAACCAGGCCCGUAAGGUUUACCAAGACGCCCAGGUGGCCUUGCGCGAGCAGCGCAUCAAGCAGAAAGAGGAGGAGGCCCAGCGUGCCCAGAGCGAUGCGGGCAGCGUGCCGAUUCAUAUCAUCCCUGGAUUGGUGGACACUCCCUCCGGAAGCGCCUCUGACGCACGGGUGACGCCGGGUAUGGCAUGUAACCCACAUCUUUACUCGGCCGAUCCCACCGCUCAGCUUUCGCUCAAGCAGCAGCAACAACAACAGCCGCAACCACAGCAGCAGCCACAUACUCAAGUGCCCACAGCGGGCAGGCCUCAUAACGAUUCUGGCGCCGGUGCUUCCCACGAGCCCUCAUGCCCUGCACCGCCCCACCGACGACCAGUUCGACAGAGCUCACUCCUAUCCGAACCCAUCGUUGCGCCUCGAUUCCAAUAUCCGGGCCCAUCUACCGACAGCUUGACAACAAGCAACUCCUCGAUCUUGCAGCCUGCCCGGACCGACGUCUUCGAUGAAACUACGCCGACACUGUGGUCCAACUCGCCCUUCCACACCCCCACGCCACCACAUCCGCUGUCGACCGACGAUACCAACAAGCGCGUUAAUGCGCUUGUGGAUAUGGGCUUUACCGAUCGCGAGCUCAACCACGACCUGGUCGUACAGUAUGGAGGCGACUUGGGCAAGUGCGUCGAGCUAUUGACCGAGAUGAUGUCCUGAGCAAUGGGGUCGUGUGUGUGAUGGUUGGGGCUUCCGUCGUUCCAAAGUCGCUGUCGCUUUGGAAUAGCCCCGCCUUUGACGUUGUCUCCAACUCAUGCUUAGGCCCUGUCUUUUCCGGCAACCUGUUUUGUGCGUCCGUCCUGCUGCUCGAUCAUACCUCAUCUUAUUCUUUAUUCCCUGUAGUGUAGUAGUCUCCUCACCCCCCCCUUCUGUUGUCGGGAAUUGUCCCUUGUUUGUAUUUGCGAUCUCGGCUCGCUUGACGAAAGUAUAUGAUGCCAGCCGUUGUAUCGCUGUUCCGAUGAUAUGGCGCGGUGCUCUCGUCAUUCGAGCCCUCGCCUAUCUGAA